GCCUGUCGGACGAGGAGACGGAUGAGCUGAAAGGAAACCGGGAGAGCGCGUAAAACAAUCAUGGGUCUGAAAAAUGUGGUGAUAUUUCUGAUCAGUUUAGCUAUAUGUCAAUACGUUCAAAGUCUCCCUACGAUCAGAUCUACAUCUGGAAAUUAUCCUAAUGCAAAUAUCGAUGAUAAACCAAUGAACUCAACAGGAAUAGCAGGCGGAAAUUACGCGAGGAUCGGACAGUUUCCAUUCAUGGCAUUAGUAACUCGAUUUGAGGACAACAAGCAAUACCAAUGCAGUGGCACAAUCAUAAAUAUAAGAUGGGUUCUCACAACUGGUAGUUGCGUAGAGAAUCCAUCAUUGAAUAUUUAUGCACCGAGGCACCACCAAAGAUUUUUUGUAAGAAAAUGGAUUUUUACCUUAGCGUUCGGCAUUAUCGACAGUGAUGUACAAGACGGUUUUCUUCGAGGCUCUGGUGUAUCAAUGAAUACAACCCGAGCAUUUGUAUACCCAAGCUACAUCCUAGGUCAGAACCUUUACGAUAUUGCCUUAUUGUACAUGCCGUUUAAUAUUCCUUUUUCCGAUACUAUUCAAUUGAUAGCACUUCCUUAUACAAAUGAAAGUUUUGCAAAUAAAAAUGGUCUUGUCACGGGGUGGGGAGGAUCGAAAAUGCUGAAAUACGCUGAAGUAUCGGUUAUUCAAAAUACUAAAUGCAAACGAUUCGGACCCUCUGGGUCUAUCACCGACGUCAGUGACAAUUCCGUCUGCACAGCCACAGGAUUGGGAGAAGAUAUUUGUCAGAGCGGUGCUCCUCUCAUCAUAAAAUCGGAAAAUGGCAGGUAUCUUCAAAUUGGUAUUUUGGUAUUGUUAAAAUAA